AUUAAAAUGCCUUUUCACUCAAACAUUCAGCUUGGAUCCAUGCUAUGAAGGCAUAUAUCUGAUCAUAUAAGUCUGUAUUAUAUAGGAAGAACUUAUUCAAUGCUGAUUAUUAUUGUUGAAAUCUUGUGUACAGCAAUUCUCUGGUCUGCAGCUAAAUUUGCACUGGGUGCCCCUUGUGCUUUAAUAUUCUUGAUUAUCCGAUGGAGAAGAAGGCAUCAAUCUUAUUAUGACAAUGUUGAGGACUUCCUCCGAAAUAACAGUAAUCUGAUGCCCAUCAAGUACUCUUACUCAGAGAUCAAGAAAAUGACCAAUGGCUUCAAACACAAGUUGGGCGAGGGAGGCUACGGUUAUGUGUAUAAAGGUAAGCUUCGAAGCAAUCGCGAUGUAGCCGUCAAGUUACUGACAAAGUCCAAAGCCAAUAAUGCACAAGAUUUCAUUAGUGAAGUUGCCACUAUUGGCAGGAUUCAUCAUGUCAAUGUGGUGCAGCUGAUUGGAUUCUGCACUGAAAGAAGUAAGCGAGCUCUUGUUUAUGAAUUUAUGCCUAAUGGAUCACUUGACAAGUACAUAUUCUUGGAGAGACAAAGCAACACGCCCAUCAAUUACGAGAAAAUAUUUAACAUUUCUCUUGGGAUUGCUCGAGGAAUUGAGUAUUUACAUCGAGGAUGUGAUAUGCAAAUUCUACACUUUGAUAUCAAACCUCACAAUAUCCUUCUUGAUGAAAAUUUUAAUCCAAAGAUUUCAGAUUUCGGAUUAGCUAAGUUGUACCCAUUAGAUAAUAGUAUUGUGUCUCUGACAAAUGCAAGAGGAACAUUUGGAUACAUGGCUCCUGAAUUCUUGUACAAGAACAUUGGAGGAAUAUCACACAAAGCUGAUGUUUAUAGUUUUGGGAUGCUAUUGAUGGAAAUGGCUGGCAGAAGGAAGAACUCGAAUGUCAUUGAGCAUUCCUGGCAGACCUAUUUUGCUAAAUGGGUUUAUGAUCAAUUUGAGGAAUCAAUAGAGGGGAGCAAUAUCUCAGAUGAGGAAAGAGGAAUUGCAAAAAAGAUGAUGAUAAUAGCUUCACAUUGCAUACAGAUGUAUCCUAAUGAUCGACCCUCGAUGAAGAAUGUGUUAGAGAUGCUUGAGGGAGAAAUGGAGCUUCAAGAGGCUCUUCCUCCCUAAAUUUAUGUAACUUGGUGAGAGAUUUCAGAAAAAAAUGUUGUUGUUAUUGACAAUUUGUGUUUCUAUUAAGCUACUUGCAAAUAAGUAAAACUAGUAUUAGGGUUAGUAUCUUUAAUGUUUUCUUAAAUACUCUGAUUUACUGGAUUACAUGUAGGUUAUUGUUGGAAGAAGGUUGUUGUCCUGGUAAAUAAUGAAAUUUUUAUGUUGCCACGUUUUUACA